AUGAUCAGUUCAAUUAGGGUUUUCGGUCACCUAGAAAAGUCGUUUUUUAUAAAUUUCUGCAGAUUUAUUGAAACGAUUAAUCUAAACAAGGGGGAAUACCUGUUUCGCAUUGGGGACGAAGACAAAUGCGUUUACGUUGUUCGCAGUGGUAGGAUUCAAAUAACUGUUACGGAGCCAGAUGGAUCCAAAUUUGUUAUCAGUGAAGUAGGAAAAGGUGGAAGUGUUGACAGUUUGGUUUCUGUACUAAGUAUAUUAACUGGUUACCCUUCAACUUUUGAGUUCAUGGAAGCUGUUGCUGUAGAGCCUACUACGGUGUUGUGUUUACCGACCCGAUCAUUCCUGGAAAUAUGCAAGCCAAAAACACCAGCUCUUUUCCGUAUUAUUCAGAUGAUUACUGUUAGACUUCAGCGUUUAAGCUUCAAUGCACUACAUACUUACCUUGGUUUGAGUUCUGAAUUGAUCAACAAAGACGAUCCACCAUUUCCUGGUCCAUCUAAAGCCAAUAAAUUCUUGAGCGAAAUUUUCGAAAAGAAACCGCAUAUGAAAGAUUUCGAUGAAUUCGGUAACAUCAGUUCAAAGUAUUCAGACUCAAAGGAAGUGUUACCAAAAGCCAAAUCUCCACUGUCAACCACCUUGGAUGAUCAACAGUUUGGAAAUUUCGGUGCAGAAAUAGAACAAGCUUUCCCUGCAGAAGACAGUUUGAUCUUAGAUUCAGCAUCUCAGUCUAAUGCUCUUGAGCUGGGUGAAGCUCCAAUUUUUUGUGGCAAGAAAAAUACAAAUGGUGUCAAGUCUUCGCCUUCACAACCGCCUAGUCCAACCUUUAAACGUCGGUUUACAAAUUUACGUCGGGCACACUCACUUCUUGAUACAUCAUCCAGAAGGAAAGGAAGGUCUGAUAAUUUAGACAAAGAGAAUGAAAAUAACAAUCCAAAAUUAGCAUCUGAACGUUAUAAACUUACGAACAAAAUGAAUUUUACUGAUGAAGAAGUAAAAACCUUGAUAAAAUUAGCCGAAGAUGAUCUUGCUAGUCUCCUAAAUUUAAAUGACCCAAGUAUUCUUCGUGGAUCUGUCGAACUUUUUUCAGUUCCAUCUGAUUUUGUGCUUUCAAGAGAAUCAGAAAUGCAGAUGGAAAUGUAUUAUGUUAUAUCUGGAGAGUUACAAGCACUCCAAUCAACAGGCGGAUUGAGUAACGAGGUUGUUACCAUGUUUACAUGUGGACAGGGUAAGGUAGUUGGACUUUUGGGACUUAUAACUGGUGAACCGAAUAUCUAUAGUGUAAAGGCUAAAACAAACACUAUUGUAGCUGUAUUCUCUCGUGAAUGCUUUUAUGCUGUAGUUCGUCAGUAUCCUGAAGCUUUAUUCAGUGUCACUCAUAUUGCUUCUUCGCAUUUGUCGCCAUUACUACACCAACUUGAUUUUGCUAUGGAAUGGAUAUCUGUCAAAUCAGGAAAAGCUCUAUAUAAGAAGGGAGAUGAUGCUCAUCAUGUGUAUGUUGUUUUAAGUGGUCGUUUAAGACAAGUUGAUAAUAUGACAGGUGGAGGUCAUCGAAUAGUUGGUGAACUUGGGCGUGGUGAUCUUGUUGGCUUUCUUGAAGUUAUCAGUGAACAAACAAGAAUAUAUACAGUUAUGGCUGUUAGAGAUUCAGAAUUAGCACAGAUCCCAUCGCAUUUACUUCAUUAUCUCAAAAAUAAAGUUCCUCAAGUUUUAACUCGUAUCAUCCAAUUAUUAUCGAAUAAAUUACUUGGCAAUUUAACAACUGAUUCAAGUAUGGCCAGUCCUUUGGGUAUGCCAAUUCUUCAUAUGACUACUACAAGUCCUUUAGUCAAUGGUGGAUUAGGUUAUACAUCAGGCAGAAAUUCUAAUAUGGAUGUUUUAUAUAGUCAGUUGAAUAGUGGUGUUAUGGCUAAUCUACGCACAAUUGCUGUAUUACCGUCUACUGCUGAUAUUAACGCUGAAGCAUUUACGUUAGAGUUACAACACUCUAUGAGUCCAAUGGGAUCAUCUGUUCGUCUAACUUCAGAUAUCGCAUUAAAACGUUUGGGCUCGAGUGCAUUUGAUAGUAUUAGCCAGUAUAGACUGAGCACUUGGUUAAGUCAUCAAGAGGAUUCACAUCGUAUUGUUUUCUUUGUUUGUGACUGUCAACGGGCUUCCGCUUGGAAUCGUAUAUGUAUUCGUCAAGCUGACUGUAUACUAGUUUUAGCUUUGGUUUCAUCUGACCCAGCACGUCCUUCACCAAUUGAAAUGGCUUUAAAAAAUGAUCCUACAAAGGUUGCCAAAGUUCUGGUUCUUAUGUAUCCUCUUGACACGGAUUAUCCAGAAUCUGGUAAGACUGCUAUCUGGUUGAAUGCUCGACCGUGGAUCAGUCAGCAUUAUCAUAUCCGUUGUGAACCUCGUGUAUUUAUUCCUCGAUCGAAACGUAAUCUUAUCAGUUUCUAUUCAAAAGUAUUUGCUCGUGAAAAACCUAACCCACUAUCUGAUUUCUCUCGUCUUGCACGUUAUUUGGCCGGUGAAGCUGUUGGUCUUGUUUUAGGUGGAGGAGGGGCAAGAGGCUGUUCACAUGUUGGAUUGAUACGUGCAUUUCAGGAAGCUGGCAUUCCAAUUGAUUUAAUUGGUGGUACAAGUAUUGGUGCAUUUAUGAGUGCUUUAUGGGCAGAUGAAACACGUGUUGCACAAUUUACACAGAGAGCUAGAAAUUUUACCAAUUGUUUCAAUUCUAUUUGGAAUAAAAUCAAAGAUUUCACGUAUCCAGCCGUAUCUAUUUUUUCUGGUAAAGAACUCAAUCAUCAACUUAUAUCAGUUUUUCAUGAUCGUCAGAUUGAAGAUUUUUGGAUUCCAUGCUUUUGUGUUACAACGGAUAUAACUAACUGUAAAAUGCGUAUUCAUACUCAAGGAUCAGCUUGGAGAUAUGUACGUGCAAGUAUGUCAUUAUCUGGUUAUUUACCUCCAUUGUGUGAUCCGUAUGAUGGCAGUUUAUUGUUGGAUGGUGGGUAUACUAAUAAUGUACCAGCUGAUAUAAUGGUGUGUUUUGGCGCGAAAACAAUCUUUGCUAAUGAUGUAGGUGCUGCCGUAGAAACAGAAUUAACAAAUUAUGGUGAUCACUUAUCUGGUUGGUAUUUCUUGUAUAAUCGAUUUUUUGGAGUCGGUAGUUCUGUACUACGCAUACCAAGCCUCACAGAGAUUCAAGCACGCCUUGCCUAUAUUUCGUGUGUACGACAGUUGGAGUAUGUUAAAGCUAGUGGUAUAUGUCAUUAUCUUCGACCUCCAAUUGAUAAAUACUUAACUCUUCAAUUUUCUGCUUUCGAUGAGAUAAAUAAUGUAGGUUAUGACUAUAUUAAGCGUCUACUUAAUACCUGGCAUGAAGAAGGUCGUUUACAAACUCUUAUACCUGGAGUAAAACCACAUAUUUCUUCUCCAGGUGGAGUAACUACCCUUGGAACUGAAUCUCAGUCUACGCAUUUAUCUCCGUUUCAAUCACCUGAAUGUACUAUUUCAACUGCCAGUAAUAACUGGUUAACUCAGAGUUUUGGUGAUCAAAUCGCUUUUAUCGACCUUGCUGAGUGUUUAGCUGAAACAAACAAAGGGCAGGAAGAUGAUACGCUAGAAUCUUCAGGUACUGAUGAACGUCCAUAUGAAUUUUAUACAACAGAUAGUAUCAAUGUACGUGAUUUCGCUAAUUCACCCGAUUUCCCAAGUAAAAUUACUAAUGCCGGUAAUAUUGACACUUCUGUCUGUACUGCUUCUACAAAUGUUACUGCUUGUAAUAGUAGUGGUACAAAUAACAUGAAAAUAUUCUCAAAAUCUACUCACAAUUCAAGAAAUGCUGGCACUGAUCGUUAUCUCCAACCUGGAUCUAUUUUGAAAAAGUCUUCUCCGAAUGAAAAAACAAACUAUGAAGCUGAAAGGAAAUCGCCUAUAAGUCUAUUAAAGGAUAAUUUCAAAUUACAUACUAAAAAAAGACGUCGUUUCUUUAGUGAUUGUUACUAUACUACUGUAGACACUAAUUCAGUACUAGAGAAACAUACAUCUAGUAAUGUUUUACCUAGAUACAAGUCUGAUCAUGACAUCCAACAAAUGAAUGUGACUACGUCUUUCAAUGAGAUGAAUAAUGCUCCUACAACAAUAAAUUAUAGUUUAUCUUCAUUUAAGUCUUUAGAAGAUGAUGGUUAUUUAGAAGAUGACGAAAGCAGUACAGAUAGUGGACAUUCUCCAUUUACAGCCUCAGAUCCUGAAUUAAGACAUGAUAUCUAUCCAGAGUCAAGUAAUACUGAAGAAAGAAGAAUGAGACAACGAUCACGUUCUGCGUUUAGAAUUCCAACUUGUCAAUCAUAUAUAUCCGAGGUGAGCAGGAGACCUGAUUCACCACAUUCCGAUGCCAGUGCAAAAAUUCAAUACAUGAAUAAUAAUAAAAAUGUAGCUUCUGGUAGUUCAUCGCAUAAAUAUGAUACAAAUUCUAUGCGUAAUCGGACUAAACAAAGUCGUAGGCGACAUCACCGUUCGUCAUUGGAUAGACUAAGAAGUGAUCGUGACAUCAUAAAACCUGUUGUGAAUCAUCCCAAAUGAAGGGGGGGCUUUGAAUAUGCAUUCACAGAUAUGCCAAUUCGUGUACAUAUAUUCAUGAGAUUAUGAUAUUUAACUCAGUAACAUCUUAAAACUAUUACUACAAGCUAUGCAUAUGUUGUAUAUAAAGUUUAAUAUUUUGUUCAUAUUCAUACGUUUCCACUUUUUCUCUGCAUAUUAGCGCAAAAAUUAGAGAAAGAAAAAAAUUAAAAACAUUUAUAUUCAAUCAAACAAGCAAAAUAAAAGAAGCCAACAAAACACAUGCAAUAUUUUUUGUCUUAUCACAAAAUUUAAAAUUGAAGUCUUUAUAGAUGUUUCUCAUCUUCUGAUGUGAUACUACUUAGUGAGUGUGAUAUACAAUGAUUAUUUUUGUCGUCUUCUAUUGCCUAAUCGUUUUCUUACUUUGGAAAAAAAGGAAGAGAUUACAUACAAAUAUCUUACCAUUGUUAUACACAUUUAUCGCUAAUAGAAAUUUCAUCCUGAGUAUUUUGCUUAUUCACUUACACGCAUUUAAAUUAAUUCAUUGGGUUAAUCAGGUUUUAUAAGACACACACCCACCCACAUUAUGUAUAUAUUUCGACUGAUUCUUAGUGAGGUUGGACUACUUCCUAAAAUGAACCAGCAGAUAACAACUUAUGGAGUCGUCUUUUUCUAAAGUACUUAAUAUUAAUUAUAUAAUAAUAGUGGUUGAAGUGUG